GGCCCAUCUGCGUAGUUGUCAUGGAUUAGCACUUUCUCAGGGACAUCUCUUGUCUUCCUGCACCAGGGUAUAUAUUGACAGUGAUAACUUAGCUGAGCAGUCGCCUCUAAUCUCUUCAAGAGUUCAACAUGGCUGUCUCCAAGAGCGUGAUUGUGUUUCUGGCCCUCGUGGCAGUAGCUGCCGCUGCAGAGAAUAGCCGUGUCAAGAAGCAAGUUAUCUUAGGAGCGUAUCCUUAUGCCGCUGCCGUGGGAGCCGCUGUCGUGCCCCCUGCCCCCCGCACCGGUGAGGACGAUGGUUCCUGGGCUCCCAACAAGUACGACCCCGUCGUAGUGCCCGUUGCUGCUCCCAUCGCUCCCAUCGCCCCUGUAGUCCCCCACCCUUACGCCGCCGCUCUCCCCGUCCCCCUCGCCUACUCCCCCUACGCCUACGGCUACCCCUUGGUUGAUGACGGCAGCUACUGGCAGGGUAAAUACGGCCCUGAGAACAUCCAGGCUCUGGAUUAACUUGCAACAUCGGCGCACUGAUAACUUUGUGAUUUGUUUGUGAUUAUGUAAAUACAUUUGUUAUUAGUA